AAGAAAAUGUAAUAAGAAGAGGUAGCAGAAUUAAUGUUAGAACAAGGUGGAAUUCCAGUCUCUUAAUUAUACAAUUCAUGUGUUAAUAUUGAUUUACUUUAAUGUCCAAUUUGUUUUAAUAUUCUUUGGAAACCAAUUGCAUGUGGGUAAGAUAGAUGUUUUUCCUCAUUUUGUUAAUUUUGUAUUGAGGCUUGGUUAAAUUAGAAAAAGUAUUAUUCUUAGAAAUGAUUAGUGUAUAAUCUACAUUUGAUGAGGAAGAAGAAACUUUUGCAAAUGAAAAUAAUUGUCCAAAGUGUAAAAGAGUUUUUAUUAAAACUGAGAUACCUUUAGUGAAAGUAUUAUUAUUUUAAAUUGAAUUGAAAUGUAUUCACUCAGGUAUAUUAAUACAUUAUAAGAUUGUACUUAGGUGAUACCAUAUGUUGAAUAUGAGAACCAUAUUUUUAAUUGUAAAGAUAGAAAGAAAUAAUGCAGAGGUUGUUAAUAAUACAUUUUAUAAAAUAAACUAGAGGAACAUGAGACAUUAUGCUCUUAGAUUCCUGUAGAAUGCGAGAAAUGUCAUAAAAUGAUGCCUAAAAUUGAACUUGAAUCUAAACAUAAUAGAUAUGUAAUAAAACUCAUUAUUAGAAGAAUUGUAUAGAUAAUUUAUUUAAGAUUUAAGACUAGUAAUUAGAAAAUCUAUACACCUAAUAUUUAAUUUGUGAUGAUAUCAUGAAUUAUUAUGAAGAAAAGAUUAAUAGAUUGAUUUAAGGAGAUUUAAUAGUAUUAAAUGAAUAUCGCUUUUUUACUAUUUUUAUUGCUAAUUAUCUAUUCUCAUCUGAUAAUUUAUAUAUUGCAAGACUUGUUAGGUAAAAUUAUUAACAUUUAUUAGAAAUUCUUAUAAUGAUAAUAAAUAAAAAAAUGAUUUUUUACAUUUUUAUGUCGAUUAUCAUUUUACAACUGGUUUGGAAGGAUAUGAAUGGAGAAUUCGUUUAAUACGUUUAAGAGGUAAUUUAUUAAUUGGAAUUUGUUCAUCAUAAUUAUCAAAUUCAGUUGAUUUUAUAGUAAAUAGGUUAGGAGAAGUAAAAAAGAAGGAGGAAAAUGAUAAUAGGUAUCAUAUUAUUAGAAAAGUGAAUUUUACUUUUGGAGAAGGAGAUGUAAUAAGAUUUUAAAUUUUACCAUUCAUGCAAUGUUUAAGAAUUACAAAUGAAACAAGACAUUUAACAUUUAGUUUUAAUCGAAAUGAAUUAUAAGAAAUGGGAGAUGAAUAUUUCAGUUUUUUUAGUCUUGAGUAUUAAGGAGAUGCUCUUCAAUUUUUAUGA